GAAAAAAACACACACACACACACCACACAACUUGGAUGAGAAAUCUAUAAAAGCUGAGUGUUCCCAAAGAUUCGUCCUAUUUGGCAGCUGCUGCCUCACCCACGGCUUCUGAUCUCUAAGAGGACGCUCUGCUCACACAUUACCUGUCACCAUGGCCCACAAAUUCCCAGCCCUCACCGCAGACCAGAAGAAGGAGCUCUCAGAAAUCGCCCAGCGCAUCGUUGCUAAUGGGAAGGGGAUCCUGGCUGCCGAUGAGUCUGUAGGCACCAUGGGAAACCGCCUGCAGAGGAUCAACGUGGAGAACACAGAAGAGAACCGACGGCAGUUCCGUGAAAUCCUCUUCACCGUGGACAACUCUGUUAGCCAGAGCAUCGGGGGCGUGAUCCUGUUCCAUGAGACCCUCUACCAGAAGGACAGCCAGGGCAAGCUGUUCAGAAACAUCCUUAAGGAAAAGGGCAUCGUGGUGGGGAUCAAGUUGGACCAAGGAACUGCUCCACUUGCAGGAACAAACAAGGAAACCACCAUUCAAGGGCUCGAUGGUCUUUCUCAGCGCUGUGCUCAGUAUAAGAAAGACGGUGCUGACUUUGGGAAGUGGCGCGCUGUGCUGAGGAUUGACAACCAGUGUCCAUCCGCCCUUGCUAUCCAGGAAAAUGCCAACGCCCUGGCUCGCUACGCCAGCAUCUGCCAGCAGAACGGGCUGGUACCUAUUGUUGAACCAGAGGUAAUUCCUGAUGGAGACCAUGACAUGGAACACUGCCAAUAUGUUACUGAGAAGGUCCUGGCUGCUGUGUACAAGGCCCUGAACGACCAUCAUGUGUACCUAGAGGGCACCCUGCUGAAGCCCAACAUGGUGACCGCUGGACAUGCCUGCACCAAGAAGUAUACUCCAGAGCAAGUGGCCAUGGCCACUGUCACCGCUCUCCACCGUACCGUUCCUGCUGCUGUGCCUGGCAUCUGCUUUUUGUCUGGUGGCAUGAGUGAAGAGGAUGCUACCCUCAACCUCAAUGCUAUCAACCUUUGCCCUCUCCCCAAGCCCUGGAAACUAAGUUUCUCUUAUGGACGGGCCCUGCAGGCCAGUGCACUGGCGGCUUGGGGUGGCAAGGCUGCCAACAAGAAGGCGACACAGGAGGCUUUUAUGAAGCGGGCUGUGGCUAACUGCCAGGCAGCCAAAGGCAAGUAUACUUCCAUGGGCUCUUCUGGUGCUGCGUCCACCCAGUCGCUCUUCACAGCCAACUAUACCUACUAGAAACAGAAAGGUCGGCUGGCUCCAGCUCUUUGAGGUGUUUUGGGAAGAGGGCUGAAAGGGAACAACCACCUUGUGACUGACCCUGGAAUUCAGACCAAAUUAGAUUGAAGUACUGGAAACACAAUACAUGUUAAAUUCUUAGACACAAGGGAAAAAAAAAUCAGUUAUUGAAACUUAAGUCCAAAUAUCAAGGAUUUGAUGAAAUUUCACACUGCAGUUUCCUUGCCACACUUCCUGCUGCCCAUGACCCAGAGUCUCCACCUAAGAAAAGAAUAGACUUUAAAACGAAAUCUGCUCUCCAUCCAAAUAACGACGACUGAGUGAAACGUCUCAGAAGCUGAGGGCAGAGAAGUGCAUCUUAUGAAAUGAUCUUAGGCGUGGUAGGUUAUGAAAGAGACAGCUGUGACAAAAAGGAAAUAAAAUAAGCUAUAAACCUUCA